UCUAAAAUCGUGCUCCCAACAUUGUGACCGACAGACACGACGUACCGGUGGUCGCUUGUUAUUCAGACAGCAGUGCCAUCUGGAUAUCUGGUCUAUGUUAUUCUCCAUGGUUGGACGACACCUAACCUACGCAGAGUACCACGUGUUUGUAGACGCAGGUUAGAAGAGCCGAUUGGAAGCCGGUCGUAGGAGCGAUGUUUCCCAGCAGUCAUUAACACUGGCGCGGUGUUACAGGAAGUGCAAGACUCCAGGAUGCAGCGGUUGACCGACGCGAGGGAGGUGAUCCUGACGAGCGACAGCAGCGGGGAGAGCUGGAGCGCCGCCGUGUGGGAUCCCCGGAACGGUGCUCUGCUGUCCAUGUACAAGAACGCGACGGCGCUCGGGCAUCGCAGCCUGCAGCUCCUGAGCGACAGCUACGUGCUGGGCGCGGACGCGACGCGGCCCCGCGUACAUGUUUGGGCGCUGAACAACCCGUCGCCGCUGCCCAACAUCCGACUGACCACGCCGGGCAAGGUCAGCGCCCUGGCCUGCACGCCCAACGGCUCCUACAUAAUCGCCUCCGUGGGCGAGAAACUGUUCGUCUGGCAGACGUGCAACGGCAGGCUACUGGCCAAUCUGACCAGGCACUAUCAGACCGUCGGCUGUCUGGCCACCACGAGGGACGGCUCGUUGUUCGCCAGCGCCGGCGAGGACGGCCUGGUGUUCGUGUGGUCGCUCUACGGCGCGAUCAACGACGCACGCUGUUCCCCCGUUCACGCCUUCUCCAACCACAGUUUGCCGGUCAAGGAUCUGUGUUUCGGCCACGGCGACGCCCGAGCGAGACUGUACACGGUCUCGCUGGACCGCACCGCGAGCAUCUACGAGCUCGGCAGCGGGGCUCUUCUGGUCUCGUUGGUAUUUGACGCGCCACUCACCGCGGUCGCCGUCAACGUCCGCGAGAGCGAGCUCUUCGUGGGCUGCACGACCGGCGAGAUAUUCCAGUGCGACCUGCACGAGCCGCCGCGCGGCGUCGAGCACCACGUGACCGUGGGCUCGGGCAAGGUGGACGAAGAGAGCGCUGCGUUCCGAGCGCACAAAUCAAACGUGACCGCCCUGUCAGUAUCCGUCGACUGCCGCACUCUGCUGUCCGGGUCCACCGACGGCGCGGUCCACGUCUGGGACGUCGCCAGUCGGCAGGUGCUCAAGACGCUCGAGCAUAAGGGGCCAGUCACCGCCGCCUUCUUCGCCAGGGGCUUCGACAACUUUCGCGCCCCCGUCCUCAAGCCGCGCCUGCAGGUGCACAAUCUGCAGAGGACGUCGGACGACGGCGGCCGCGAGAGCGUCGUCGAGGUCGUCGCCAGAGGACGAAACCCGGCGGAGAUCCUCAACUUCGAAGCCUACACAGAGAGUAGCGGCAAUUCUCUGGGAUCGGACGAGAUGUCGAGCAAGUUGGAGGAUCUGCAGAAAGAGAUUUUGAGAUUGAAGAAAAUUAAUACCGCCAUGUAUCGGUACGGCGUCACGCAUAUUCUAAACAAGAUAGACGACGAUUGACGGAGGAAGCGUUGGAUCUAUGAUCGCGAGAGUUGAAGUACUUUUACCGAAAGACUGAAAUGUUAAUUUAUGUUUUGUAAAAAAUAUACAUAAUGAUUUAAAUAUGUAUAAUAUAUGAUGUUAAACGCCAUUUUCUUUCUAUGAAAAUGUGUUUGCCUCGUUGAAAUUGAGCAUUAUUUUACAAGUUCUAGGAAUAUGAAUAAAUUUCAGAAAUAAAAAUUAAAACAUUGUUUUUCAUCCGAAAACUAUAGAUUGAAACGUCAGACAUUAAACAUAUCGAUAUUUAUAUCAUUUUGAAAAACAA